AUGGAUUCAACCAAAACGAUAAAAGAGACAGGCGUGCAAGAUCAGGAACAGCUUCCAUGGGAGUUGGUUGAAGAAAUACUCACUCAUGUCCCUCCAAUAUCUCUUGUUCGCUUCAGAACCGUUUGCAAAAGAUUGGACGAUCUCUUCAAUGACAAGACGUUCAUCGAUAACCACAAGUUGACGUUUCGAUUCAUUCUAGCAACCAAGUCCAAGAUUUAUUCGGUAAGCAUUGACCCUAAGAUAAUGGUGCGUGAGUUAACAUUGGCUGUUACCGGUAAAGAAUCUGAUAUUAAACAUUUGGCUGACUGCAAUGAGUUCUUGCUAUGUCGCAAGAAAAAAGAAGCCGCGGUUUGGAACCCGUGGUUGAAACAAAGUAGAUGGAUCAAAGCUGAUGUUAGCCAAUGUAGUUUCGAAGUCGAUGGCAUAGGUUAUGAUAAUCACAAUAUGAGAGCCGAGGAAAGACGUUACAAGACCAUUGGGUCUUACUUGAAGAACCAUUCCGUGUGGAAACCCCAAAGCCUGAAAGAAGAGAGUUGGAAAGACCUCAAGUUGAAGGCUAGUAGGGGAGACAAAAGUCUGAAAGAUAAAGUAACUACCUUAUUCACGAGAUGUGGUGUAUCGUUACAUGGAAAUUUGUAUUGGAUUGCUUUCUAUGACAAGACUGAUCUCUUGUACCAUCUAAUUAACUUCGAUUUUUCGAGCGAGAGAUUCUAUACAUUCUUUUGUGAUCUACCAUGUGGGAUGAACCAUCCUCGCAAUGCUCUUGUCCUUCGGGUCUUCAAGGGAGAUCGGUUUGCGUUGUUGAAACAAUGCUACAAGACAAAAAAGAUAGAGAUUUGGGUGACCAAGAACAAGAUUAACGUUGAGGAUGGUGAUGAUGUGGUUUGGAUGAACUUCAGGACUUUGUCUAUACCUAACUUUCCAGGUUUAGUAUCGAAUGAAUAUUCCAGCUCUCAGCCAAGUUACUUCAUCGAUGAUAAAAGGCUUGUUAUGUGUUCUUGCGACGAAACUGGCCAUCCUUGGAUCUAUAUUGUGAAAGAAAACAAGUUGAUCAGCAAAGUCAAACUAAAUUCUGUGGUUGAUCCUUGGCCUGUGCAUUGUACUUAUUUUCCAAGUUUGGUCCCAGUUCCUGGAAGUCCAAGAGAAGAAGCAUUAUUACAAGUUUAG